AUGGAUAACCAACGACAACAGCCGUAUAUUCCUGGGCCUCCCCCUCCACCAGGACAGGGCACUCUCGGCCAUCUACCACCUCCCCCUCCUCGACCGUAUCUGCAAUCGACCCUUCCUCCUCCGCCGCCAGGACCACAUCCCUCCGCCCUCCCACUUGGGACCGUCUUUGGAUUGCCGGGCGCAGGAUGGCAGCAACCAUGGGGAAGAUCAGGCUUAGGCCAAAACAUACCGCCUCCACCACCGAUAAAUCACAACCAAUCUCAAGGGCAGCACCUGUCCUAUGGUAUGCGGCAGCUGAAUAUUCCACCGCCGCCUCCGCAGAACGACAAACCUAUCUUGUCCGCCACAUUUAUUCCGACUGGGGACUCAUUUGGGCCCGGUGUCGGCAUUCCGCCUCUUGACGAUUAUUCUUCCUACUCUCGAUACGAUGCUCAAUUCACUUCCGAACCUUCGUUAUCUCAUGCGGAUAUGAAAUAUGCCGAUGUCACGUCUAGUUCUCAUAGCUAUUCAUAUCCCAAUCCCAUCCACCCAAAUCCGGAUAUAGCCAACAGAGAAAGUCGCGCUGCCUCUGCUUCUUCCAAUAGGGCGGCUUUCACUCUACCCCUUCGCGACAUCAAUGAACCCAUCUCCCCAGGGCCCCCCACCGCAACAUUAGUCAACCCACAAACGAGCGUUGAUCAGGGUCGACAGCGAGCGCACAGUGCUGCCGUCACAGGAAGCACUUCCAGCGAACUUUCCUCGCAAUGGCCUUUGGAUCGAGUUCUCGUCUGGUUGGCCGCCAACGGGUUUUCGAAUGAUUGGCAAGAGACCUUCAGAUUGCUGAAAUUGCAAGGCUCUGACUUUCUUGACCUCGGUCGUGGACCGAAUGGCCGCGGAAAUCUUGGCAUGAUGCAUCAAACCAUCUACCCACAGCUCGCGAAGGUUUGUUCGAGCGGCAAUACGGGUUGGGAUCAGGCCCGCGAGCGUGAAGAAGGCAAGAGGCUCCGCAAGCUCAUCUCUCGUCUCGUCGAACAAGGAGGGGAAGGUCCGGCCAGUGCAGGUAUCGGGCAUCGGAGGCGCGAGUCUGGUAUGAUUCCGAGUGCAUCCACGGAGGGAACUCUGGAGACCUCGCCUCAUCUUCCCCGAUCGGAAUUUGGCAGCGCGCCUGGCACUGCUGGUCCGGAAGGGAGUCCCGGCAAACAAAUGCCUCCACAAUUUCCGACAGGAUUGGGUCCUCGAAACUCCCAGGGCCGAAGCAGCACCAUGCCAGUUCUUAGCAAACACAGCAGCGCAUCUUCAACCCCAAGCGACCCCAAGCCACCAGAUAACCUUCCAAGCACCGGGCGUACAGACUACACCAGGGGUGUUCUGACCGGCAUCAACAAUCGCGGUCGGCACAGCCCUAACCUUUCCGGCGAUGGCCCCAACGGCUUGUUGCCAAAGGCAUUUGAUGCGUCUCCCAGUGCCAGCCCGGGCCUUGGAAAUGCCGUCCCCGUAUCGGCUACAAGUUCCUCGUCCCAGCUACAGCGACCGGACCAUAGCAAGAGCAACAGCACUGAUUCCAUGCUGAAAGCAACAGGUCAUUCUCGCUCAAAUGUCAGUGCUCAAGGUGUCUUUGAGAGGGGUAACGCAGCGUCUGGAGGUUCAGAACGUUUUUACGCAGACAGGCGCGAUGCACAAGAGAUGACCAGACCCUCGCCUCUAGAAGCUCAACGAACUUGGAGCAAUGACUACGCACCGGGUCCGGGAGGAAAAGACCACAGUAAGGGCUUUCUCAGCAAGUUUAUGAGGAAGAGGCACGAGCAUAGCCAGCCUCAAUCAGAUGAACAUCCAUUGGAAUCACCGACGAGCCCGGGGCCAUUGAAGCUCUUUGCGAGACCGACCGCGAAUGGAAGUGACUCAGUGUUACUUCAGCGCCCUGCUUCCGUAGCGAGCGAAGACGACAGAGUGCCGGUGGCGGGCCGGCGGGGCCCCAAUGUUGCGAGAAGAUACAUUUUCGUGACGCCAGACUGUUGGAAUUACCGCCUCGUGGACGUCACGGAAGUAGAAACUGCAAUCGCGCUUCGCAGUCUCAUCUGCAUCGAGCUUGGGAUACCAGACGCCGAAUAUGCGCAGAUAUUUGUUACCGAGCCUGGUCAAACAGAGCACGAGAGUGCGCUCUCGGACAGCCUGCUUGUAGCAUUGCGGAACCGGACAGAUAAUUUGGGCAGCUUCAAGUUGUAUGUCCAGAGCCCCACACUCUCUGCAGUUCCCAGCUCAGCCUCUCAGUCAACUGGUCUCGGGGUUUCCUUUGGCCAGAAAGUUCAAGUCGAAAGGGCUCCGCCUAUGGUCAAAUCAAACUCUUCUGGUGGCGUCAGUCGUAAUGGUUAUGCGUCCCCAAGUGUUGAACCGCUUGCAAGCGACCCUGCUCUCGUACAAAAGCAGGCUGAGGAGUACCGACGGCAAACGGAGGCCAAGCAAAGGGCUUACCUGGAAUCUCGCCGAGCCCAGAAAGAAUCAACCUCCACAUACAGUGGUGGUGGCAUUCGGGGAAGCACAAUCAUAGACUUCGACAGUCCACGUCACUCGCCGUUCGAAGAGAAGAAAGUCGAAAAUCUGGUUCCGGUUCGACGGCCUCCGACGGCCCCGGCAGAAUCUACCACUUUAACCAAGGUCAAUUCUCUUCGUGCUAAAGGAUCUAGCAAUCGAUCGUCCCUCGAUGCCUUGAAGCGAAUCUCUGAUCCAAUCGCUGAAGAAGACGCAGAACGUGGAAAGAAGAAAUAUGCCACCUUUGCAGGCAUUCCUUCAGGGGGCAUCGGUGCCGCAUUAGCCAAUGUUGGUAAGAUGGCUGGCGCUCCGGCCACUUUAGGCAGUCAAGGUGUGCAACAAGACAGAAGAGGUGCUGAAUACAGUCGGAGUACUUCAGGUGGGUCCUUUCGCCCCGACUUCACAAGGGGCAAAGGUGAUAUGUUGUUCAAAGUUCCUAACUAUGAAGAAGGUUUUGCCGAUAUUAACCAAGAAAAUCGGGCACGGAAUGCUGCUUUUGAAAAUUCCCAGCGUUUCGGUCCUUCUCCAGCGGUCAGUCCUUCGACUGAAAUGGCACCACGACCGAUUCUGCAAACUCGAAAGUCGUACGGUCCCGAUCUGGAAUUUAAGGAGACAAAUGUCUCUUUUGCUCCUUCUCCCCAUCCUAUGAAGGACGAUUCAGAUGACGACUCAGACGAUGGUUUAUUCGCCAUUCCCUUGGCAAACAAGUCCAUGUCCAAGGAUGAAACUCCAUCCCGCAAUAAAGAUCAGAGACCAACAUUGACGGUCGAUACGGACCAAAACACCAGCAAAAAUGUACGAUUCAAAUCACCAAGCUCAUCCAGUGGCAUGCAAAACACUGGGGAUGAAAGCGCCACGGCGAGUGGAGAAGGUUACGAGCGCAGCCUGUCUGACGGCAGCUUCAGUGGCUCUGCCCAGUCUCCAGAUGACCGAAUGAGUAGAAGAGAUUCCUUCAUCAGCGACAUCUGGGCGAAUCGACCUGCUGUGGAAAAUGUUGUUCAUCAUCUCGACGAAUUCUUCCCAGGUGUCGAUCUCGAUAAGCCGUACCUUGAAGAAAAAGGCGACAACAACUCGCCGAUGAGGACGACCGAUCAGGAUCCUCUCGACGCCCUCCAAGGACCCUCCGGUGGACCCUCUGGCGGACUCACUUUCGGUACGGCUGGACUCGAUCUCGAGUUCAGUCGCAAGAGUGAUUCGGAUACUCUGGGCUCUGACGAGUCCACUCUGAAGGCGAAGGAUCGUGAUAAGGUUGCCAGUGUUGCUCAGAGACAAGUUGGCAAGGCGACAGGCGGUAUUUCUAGGAUGAAAUCUAUCCGUGAAGUCGCCCAGAAGCGCAACGACAUCAGGCGAGGACCUUCUGUUGCAGCUCGGGUGGAACAGAACAAUGCAAGCAGCAUUGUUCGCCGGAAGUCGACAAAGAUGUUUGGCGCCCACAUUGUUCAGAUCAGACCAAAACCAGGCAGUCGGUUAUCUACCCUAGAUCCUAUCCCCCAAGAGGAAGUCCCCACGGACGAUACGCCAAAGCGGCAGGCAACGUUCAAAAUUAUUCGCGGUCAACUUAUCGGAAAGGGUACCUACGGGCGUGUGUAUCUUGGCAUGAAUGCAACAACCGGUGAGUUCCUGGCUGUCAAACAGGUGGAAGUCAAUCAGAAAGCUGCAGGUCAAGACAAAGAUCGGAUCAAGGAAAUGGUUGCUGCUCUGGACCAAGAGAUCGAUACUAUGCAGCAUCUUGAGCAUCCAAAUAUUGUGCAAUACCUUGGUUGCGAACGUAAGGAGUUCUCCAUCAGUAUCUAUCUCGAGUAUAUUCCUGGUGGCUCAAUUGGCAGUUGUCUCCGCAAACAUGGAAAAUUUGAAGAGUCUGUGGUCCGGUCACUUACCCGACAAACUCUCGAAGGACUGGCAUACCUUCACCAAGAAGGCAUUCUCCACCGGGAUUUGAAAGCUGACAAUAUCCUCCUCGACCUUGACGGGACAUGCAAGAUCUCGGAUUUCGGCAUCUCGAAGAAAUCGGACAACAUCUACGGCAACGACGUCACCAACAGUAUGCAGGGUUCGGUUUUCUGGAUGGCACCCGAGGUGGUCCGAUCACAUGGCCAGGGCUAUAGUGCCAAAGUCGAUAUCUGGUCGCUUGGUUGCGUGGUUUUGGAAAUGUUUGCGGGAAAGCGACCUUGGAGCCGCGAGGAAGCUAUCGGCGCCAUCUUCAAACUUGGAAGUCUCAGCCAAGCGCCGCCUAUCCCCGAGGAUGUACAGUCAACAGCCACAGUUGAUGGGCUGAACUUCAUGUAUGAUUGUUUCCAAGUCAAUCCGACCGACCGACCGACCGCUGACACGCUGCUUCGACAUUCUACAUUCUGUAUUCCAGACCCAUACUACAACUUCUACGACACCACGUUGGCGGCGAAGCUGAGAAAUGUUGACAGCGCCGGCCUUGGUUGA